AUGCUUCUAUCCUAUUUCAGCGAAGUCAUCUUCGAAGCUGCAGAAUCACUGGAAACCUGUGUUAGAGAAUUCCCUGAUCGCCACUUCAUCAGUGUUCCAAUCAAGAACCUCUACCAACAGGCCGUUGGAGUGGUUUGCUGGACCUGGCUGGGUGAAAAACCACUAUCGUGCGAGGCCAGGAUGCGAGUCAAUAUGAUCACUGCAUUCAUGCAGGCUGCCUUUUGGGAAUUAGAACAUUGUUAUGGCGCGGGGGUAGUGCCAGGACAAGUAUGUUGUGGUGAAACCGAACCACGCGUCUCUGACGCUCAGCCCGCGUGGAAUUAUCAGUUUUUGGAGCACAUCCUCGAGGAAACUUCGUUGAACCUGCUCAGAGACAGGCUGAGAUCCUUCCCACGCAAGGUUUCUAUCUGCAUUACAUACCCGUAUCAGUCUUUCUCAGCUAUUUCCUUUAACGGCAUGAACGGUUGUGCGGUUAACGCGAGAUUGUAA